CAACAUUAUGCAAGAGAGAGUUUCAAAAAACAACACAACUUAAAGUCUCAAAGUGAAUAAAGCAAAAAAGAAAUGUUUCAACUUUCAUAUCCAUGUCUCUAGUUCAUGGCUAAUGAUUCAUUAAUCAUUAAUCAUCCAUGAAUAAGAGCUCAUCACUCAACAUCUCAUUGGUUGUCCUUGUUGACUCCUCGUUACUCAUAGUGCACCUAAUGCCAUAAUCAUCAUCCACUUCUUUGGAUCCUUCGAUGGGUCAUCAUACUCUUCAUUUUCGUUAGGUUCGGCCAUUAAGAAUCUGAAAUAUAUGAAUAAAUAUUGUUUGAAAAAAUAAAUUUAAAAAGAUACUAAAAAAAGUUAAGUACCAAAAGAAGAGGAGAGAGUAAAAAAAGGAUAAAAAAGUCUUUUCUGGAAAAGUACUCUCUGCCGAGAAGUACUCAAACAAAUAAGUGCCAAAAAAUAUAUAAAAACUGAAUCUAAAGCUAUGCUUAUGUAUCGGAACCAGAAACAGAAACAAUUGAAUCAGAGAAUCGGAAAAGAAGAUGCCUUGAUGCGUCGUUCGUUGGAGAUAGAUGAGGAAACUCAGCCGCGACGUUGAUGCAGAGAAUCGGAAAAGAAGAUGCGAGAGAGAGAGGGUUAUCGAAACUGGAGCAGUAGACUGGAAGGUACAGUUUAGAAAUAUAAGCUUACAAGUUGUUACUUGUCAGCGACGCUGGAUUGUGGUGAGUAAUCCAAGCUUGUGUUCAAUUAUUUCAAAAUGGCUUGGAACAGAAGCUUGGAUCAAUAAUGUUGACAUCAUAGCAGGCUUACGAGAUUAUGUUUCUGAUCCUGCCCUCCAUAAAGAAUGGAAGAUGAUGAAGAAGGUUAACAAGAUGAGGCUUGCUGAUUACAUUGAGACAAUUAGUGGAGUGAAGGUCAGCUUAGAGGCAAUGUUUGACGUUCAAGUAAAACGUAUACAUGAAUUCAAGAGGCAACUGCUGAAUAUACUAGGCAUCAUACAUAGAUAUGAUUGUAUUAAGAAUAUGAAGGAGAGUGAAAGACGGAGAGUUGUACCUCGUGUAUGCAUAAUAGGAGGGAAAGCUGCACCUGGUUAUGAAAUUGCAAAAAAGAUUAUCAAACUUUGCCAUGCAGUGGCAGAAAAAAUUAACAAUGAUCCUGAUGUCGGAGACCACCUGAAACUGGUUUUUAUCCCAGAUUACAAUGUGACUGUGGCUGAGUUAGUUAUUCCUGGCAGUGAUCUUUCGCAGCACAUAAGCACCGCUGGUCAUGAGGCAUCCGGAACUGGCAGUAUGAAAUUUUUAAUGAACGGAUGUUUAUUGUUAGCUACAGCUGAUGGCUCAACGGUCGAAAUUGCUCAAGAAAUAGGAGCAGAUAACAUGUUUCUAUUCGGUGCGAAAGUUGACGAGGUUCAGACCUUGAGAGAAAAAGGAUCUGCACUCAAAGCUCCACUUCAAUUUGCACGGGUUGUCAGGAUGGUUCGGGAUGGUUAUUUUGGCCAUAAAGACUAUUUCAAAUCAUUAUGUGAUACUCUGGAAGAUGGCAAAGAUUUUUAUCUCCUUGGUAACGAUUUUGUGAGUUACUUAGAAGCACAGGGUGCUGCCGAUAGAGCAUUUGUUGAUGAGGAGAAGUGGACAAGGAUGAGCAUACUGAGCACCGCCGGAUCUGCCAAGUUCAGUAGUGAUAGAACCAUUAAAGAAUAUGCCGAGGAGACAUGGGGAAUCGAACCGUGCAAAUGCCCAUAUUGACCACUUUUGCAGAAGGGUCAUGCUACCACAGUCAUACCACGACAGAUGACACCAAGGUUGACACCACCACAGACAAUGUCACUCUUAUCGACAAUGACUGUCUGCGUGGUUGUCUCUGGUGGUGUCAUGUGUCGUGGUAUGACUGUGGUAGCAUGACCUGGUGGUUGUUGCUGGCAGAUGUUACAAGCACAGUAAUAAGGUUUCUUGUCAUCCCAAGGUGAGAUUAGAAACUGAGUCUGCAAUUUUAAGGUUAAAAACAUAGUGGUUCUUGUUAUGUAAGAGUAAGGGUGUUCUCUUGUUCAUUUUUUUAAAAAAAUUUGUUCCACUCGGUCCAUAUUUAUAGGGUACCAUAGGAUGAUCUUGAUUACUACGUAUAAUUUGUAGUGUACUUUUUAUGUUA